AUGUCAACUGUGCUUCCCAAAAAUACCAAACUACAACCAGUGUGUGACCUUUGUCAUUCACGCAAGGUCCGCUGCGACAGGCAAGAUCCCUGUGGCAACUGCCAGGAUGCUGAAAUCUCCUGUCGUCGCCAGCGAACUGCAAAGCGCAGAUGCACGAGUGAUCGUCGCCAAGAAAUCUCAAGUCCUAGCUCUUCUCAUGCUUCGCGGCUUCAAACGAUACCCGAUCAUGAAUUCGACGAAUUGAUAACUUCGCCGAAUGAAGUGGUGCCAUUCCUGCCAGUCUCUCGUGCCAAGCAACUUGGAUCAAAUCAUAUAUGGGAACCUAAAACUAGGAUCUUAUACGACCCCGUUCACGAUGCGCAAUCGACAAUUCAGCGCCAACUGCGCUAUCUGCCGGGUCUUACUCUAGAUAGACGAAGUGUGCUUGAAACAGCCUUGUCUGUCAUACACCUAUUAUCUGAUAACCCAAGAGCUCUGGUACAAGAGAACAAACCCAACCAUCAAGGCACAGGUUCUUCUCGAAUUCCGCCCGCUGAAUUCCUGACCUGGAUGUUGAAGGAUCUUAAAACCGAUAGAUUCGGGCCAUUUGUUGCAGAUUAUUUCAGGCACAUUGCACCAGGAACAUUAAAGCACAUGGGACUUUCACUCCUUCGGAACAAAGCAUCACAGCAUGAAUCCAUCAUUUACAAUGUUUGUGUCAAUGCGGUCGCCUACAAGUUCCUUACCACAACGAUCAGUCUUGAAGAUGACGCAAACCUAGCCCUCGAACUCAGGAAGAAUGCCACCGACUACCGAGCAGCAGCUCAGGCUGCAUUGAAACAAAUCCCACUUCUUGUGCCUCCGUCUCUGGGUUUACUACAAGCUAUUCUAUGUGGAGUUUUUCUUCAUCAAGGAUCGGGCGAUGUCGGAUUAAGUGGAGACCUGACCAAAGCAGCGUGCAAAACCUGCAUGGACCUCGAUCUUGCAGGAACUGUCCUACGGGGAAACGGCACAGACGAAGAACUCUUCUGCUUCCUUUGGUGCUACACUUUGGACAGGAACCAUGCGUUCAAAGUCAGGACGUCGCGGUGUCUUCUUGACGUCCAUUUACCGCCCACUUUCGCCGAUCUAUACCCAACCUACCCCAACAUCGCCGAGCUUCUCUUGAUCUACCUCGAUCUUGCUCGCGUGCAGGACAUAGUGAUAUCACAUCUCCCGGAUAGCUCAGUGAACCACCAUGUCUCUACCUCAUCGCUCUAUAACACUGGAGAAUACAUGCUCCUGCAGAUGCAAUACAUCCAACAAAGAAUGAAUCAGGUGAGCCUCGACCGCCAGACCGAAAUGUCCGCCCUAAAAUUCGCCUAUCAAUCAAUAAAAACCGGCAUCCUCUACCUCCUCCAAACCUCCUCCGACCAACCACUCCAUUCUGCAGACGGCUACCUCCAAUCCGCGCGCCAGGAGCUCUCAGCUUUGGUAUCGAUGUGCCACACAGCAGAGAAGCAAGCAGCGGUCAGCUUCUUGAACUGGACAAUUCUCCUCUACCCAGCAACCGCAUACCUAGUCCUCUUUUGCAACGUAGUCGCAACCUCCGACAUCGGCGACUUCAACCUAAUGAGAGCAAUCGCAGACUGUCUCACGCAGACAGGAAUCAGUUACCCGCUUGUGCAGCUGCGGACGCUAUUCCAGAAAUUCCUGGGGCUGUCGCAAGGCUUUUUCAGCGACGAGAGGAACGCGACGCAAAUGCCCGAGCCGAGACUGGAUGGCUCCUUGUAUCCGGGUAUUCCGUUUUCGAUGUGGGAAGGUGACGCAGAGCUUAACCAUAACCAGGUGCUUUUCUCUGGCGCGGAAAGCUUCUCUAGUAUGCUAGAGAUAGCGGAUGAGGCUUUUUUGCCGUAUGGGGACUCGCUUUGA